AUGUGGCUCUAUCGGGGCGCGCAGUCCGCAGUCUUCUACUAUGCCACCUGCACCCCCUGCGCCGAAAAUCUCGAUCGACACAAACGCAGGAAAGAUGCCGCCAGGGCGCAGCGCGAAAAGGAGAAAGAGCGCACCGACAACGAAGUCAUCACCGACCAGCCCCGUCCAUUUCCGCAACCAACCCCUUUCAGCACAAAUGUAGGCUGGCGGGAGGAAAUCUCCCUAGGCCCUGGACCCCCAGCCCGUCGAGGAGGCCGCAAUAUGCAAAGAACGGACAGCUGGAAAACGGACCAGGGCUCGCUGUUGAAGAAGGAUAAGAGUGGCGGCUUGAUGCAUCCGCUCGGCGAGAAGUGGAAGUCCAUGCGCUACCAGCGGGAAGAUGAGCCGCUCUGGGGACAGCAGGAAGUGCGCGGCUCCUCUAUUGGUUUCUCCGGACGUGGCCGUGCAGACCCCAACGAGACGUCCAAGUACUACAUCCCCCGCGUGCCGCCUGUCAACGACCUCCACCCGCCCAUUGUCAGUGGGCCGACUAGUCGUGCCGAUACCAGGUGGAUGCUCCAACCACCCCCGAGUGCCCGAGUCAUGGCCGGUAAAGAAGACGUCGUUUCGCCGACUAACAAUAGUCUCUGCGGAUUUGGCAGGGAGUACUCAUCCCGGGCCACUAAGAGUGUAGCUCGGGACAGAGAGGCCGACAAGGUCAACAGUGAGACUCGUGAUGGUGCCAACGAUGAAGCCCCGAACCAGGGACCUCGUCGGCCAUCGCUGGCCAUCCUCGGCCGCGAUUCCGAUGACCUAGACCCGGUGCACUCUCGAACCGACUCCAUGUGCUCCUCCAUCGACUCCCCGCGCCUCUCUUGGAAGUACCCCGAGACUCCGGGCUCGCGGCCACAAUCAAAAGCUACAAAUGAUAGUGGCAAGUUCUACCGUCCACAUGUCUCGAAGACCCUCUCCGCCGCGAAUCAGGACAACAAGAAGAUCCACAUGCUGCACCUAGAGAUCAACGACGAUAACCGCGACGAUAUCGGACUAGGUCAAUUGCAGCCCAUCCGCCCGUGGCGUUGGAGCAUGGACAUCUAA